UUGCGUGGUGUUGGUUUCAGAACAAAGAAAAACUCCGACUCUAAGUUCCAUGUAAUGAAAAUUUGUUGAAUUCUUUUAUUUUCCUGCGUUUUCUCAGUACCCAAACAGAGUGUCAUUGAUUCGAUUGUAUUCUGCUUCUGAUGAUAGUCUGUCCGUUCUGUUCAAUCGACGUCUUUUACAGAAACUCUUAACGAAUAAUAUUUCCUUUUCUUUUUCUUACAUUUUCUCAGCAACCAAAUUUGAGGAUCAAUGAAUUAGUGUCUUUUUUUUUUUGUGUGUUUGAUAAUAUGAUUUCUUUUCGUGGAGGUUGUUUGAGGUAUCCUUACCAUUAUAGAAAUUCUAUGAAUCAAAUUUUCUCUAAAACCCUAUCUCACAAUUAUUUUGCAAACCCGAUAACUUUCACAAAUCAUACACCUCCCUCAUUGUAUUCUCCAUCCAAACACACUAUUCUUCCAUGUCAUUUCCAUCACAUUAUUCACAAAUUGAAUCCUAAACAAUCGAUGACUCAAACCCGGAUCGACACAAGUUUGUACAAAUACCCCAGCCUUUUGUUCUGUUGUUCUUAUUCAAAUGUAGCACCAUCAAGAUCCUUUAGAAGGAGAGCUAGUAAAAGAUUGAAAGCUAAUACCAAACCUCGGCUUGAUGAAGCCCAAUUUCACCAUGCCAUAUCACAGCUUCCCCCAAGAUUCGGUCCCGAGGAAUUAUCCAGAACUUUAAGUCUUCAAAAAAAUCCCAUUGUGUGUUUGGAGAUAUUCAAUUGGGCAUCACAACAGCCUAGGUUCAGGCAUGAUGUUUCGACUUAUCACGUUACGAUAAAGAAGCUUGGUGCUGCAAAAUUGUACCAAGAGAUGGAUGGUGUUGUUAACCAAGUGCUUGCUGUUCCUUAUAUUGGUUCUGAGGCCCUUUAUAAUUCGAUGAUAUAUUACUUCGUUGAAGCCCAGAAGUUGAUUAGAGCUGUAAAUAUAUUGAACCACAUGAGGAGUCGCAGAACCUUGGAUUGCAGGCCUUCGGUCAGGACUUACAAUAUCCUCUUUGCAGCAUUCUUGAGGAGGGGAAACAAUUCUUAUAUAAGCCAUUUGUAUAUGGAGCCUGUUAGACGUCUUUUCAAGCAAAUGAUCGAUGAUGGAGUUGAACCUGAUGUUUUCUCUUUGAAUUCCAUGAUUAAGGGCUAUGUGCAUUCUCUUCAUGUCAAUGAUGCCCUUAGAAUAUUCCAUCAGAUGGGGGUAGUUUUUAAUAACUGCCUGCCGAACUCGUAUACAUAUGAUUAUUUGAUCCAUGGGUUAUGUGCCCAAGGCCGAACAAACAAUGCUAGGGAGUUAUAUGAUGAAAUGAAGAGAAAAGGUUUUAUUCCAAGCAGCAAGGUAUAUAAUUCACUUGUGAAUGCUUUGGCUCUUGGUGGCCAGGUUGAGGAGGCAGUGAAUUUUCUGCGGGAGAUGUUUGAAAAGCACAGGUCAGCUGAUUUCAUUACAUACCAGACAGUCUUGGAUGAGAUGUGCAGACAAGGAAGGACUGAGGAUUCCAUGCAGUUAUUAAAGGAGCUGCAAGAGAAAGAGCUUGUUGAUGGGCAUACUUACCGGAAACUUCUCAAUGUGCUUGAAGACGACUUUGGAAAUUCGAGUUACAGAAACAGAUUCAGGUAUGAGUUAAAGUUGUUGAGGGUUGAGUUUUGUCAUCUUGGAUAACCUGUAACUAUACUGUAUAUGAGUAUGAGAAGUUAAGAGCA